GACUUUUAUUUUGAAAUCCUCGCAGGACGCGGUGUUUCUCUGCAGCUUGACGCUCGUCAGGUCGACGGACGGACGCUGCCUUGGAAACGACAGAAAUCCAGAGCACGCAGCUGGGCUGGAGAGAGCAGGGACCCAGAUUUCCUCACUUCAAAGGCUUCUCUCCUCCUCCACCUCCUCCUCCUCCUCCUCCUCUUUCUCCUCCUCUUCCACCACAUCCAUUCAUCCAUCCAUCCAUCGAGCUGUGAUGCGAACAUGGACGACCUGGAGUGAAAUGCAGGAGAGCAGGAGCAUUUAAAUAACCGAGAGAAGAAGAAGCCGGAGGUGAGACCGCACAGGAGUAGACCAGCAUGCCCUUGGUGAAGAGGAACAUCGAGCCCAGGCACUUGUGCCGCGGGGCGUUGCCAGAUGGGGUGACCAGUGAACUGGAGUGUGUCACCAACAGCACCCUGGCAGCCAUCAUCAAACAGCUGGGCAGUCUGAGUCGCCACGCAGAGGACAUUUUCGGAGAGCUGUUCAACGAAGCCAACAGCUUCUACCUGAGGAUGAGCAGCCUGCAGGAGAGAGUGGACCAGCUGGCUGUGAAAGUCACCCAGCUCGACUCCACCGUGGAGGAAGUCUCCCUGCAGGAUAUCAACAUGAGGAAGGCCUUUAAGAGCAGCACCAUCCAGGACCAGCAAGUAGUGUCGAGGACUUCGGUCCCUAACCCGGUGGUGGAGAUGUACCACCGCUGUGACAAACCUCCUCCACUCAACAUUCUCAGCCCCUAUAGGGAUGACAAGAAGGACGCGUUGAAGUUCUACACCGACCCCUCGUACUUCUUCAACCUGUGGAAGGAGAAGAUGCUGCAGGCCACCGAGGACAAACGCAAAGAGAAGAGGCGGCAGAAGGGCUGUCCGGCCCACCCCGACAGGCCCCACUCCAGACAGGCCCCACCCAGGAGCCCCCUGUCCAUCUCUGAGCAGCAGAAGCAGGUCGAGGACCCGAGCAGGGAGGUUAAGAAGGUGCGCAAGGCUCGUAACCGGCGUCAGGAGUGGAACGUCCUGGCCUACGACAAAGAGUUCAGACCAGAUGCCCGACUUACCCCUUCCCCUUACCAUGGCAUGUCCUCAGAAGGAUCCUUGUCCCCUGAUAGCAGGUCAAUGGCGUCCGACUCCUACCCCGCCAGCCCCAACCACCCCUCCACCCAGGCCCCCAGCGCCGUCCACCCCACCGACCACCACGCCAGGGACCACCUCAGUGCCGCGGCCCAGACUCAGUCACUGGACCGAGGCCUCAGGCCGGCCAACCAGCCCCCGGGACCUGGAGGACCAGCCGCGGCGGGGCGACAUGCGGCCUCCCUGGGCAGGGCUCCGUCAGGACACGGAGUCCAGGGUGGUGGAGAUCCAACGGUUAACGGGCCGAGGCAGCAGUCAGUUAAGGAAUACCGGGCCGGGCACGGCAUGCGGCCAACCCUCCACCAUCCCGGAGUACUACAUCCCGCCGCACCGCCCCCUCCUCCCCCAACCAUCCCCUCCGCCCAGACCGCCUUCGACUCCACCACCCCGACCUCCGCCGCCGCCUCCGCCGUCCCCCCGACCUCCUCCACCCUCUCCCGCCCUCUCCCCAUCCCCUCUCUCCCCGGCCACUACGUGCCCUCCCCGGCCACCCCCGUCAGGCCGCCGCCCGCCGCGCCGCCGCCUCCGCCCGGAGCCCCUUCGGGAGCCCUCCAGGCUCACCCGUCGCCGCCGCACGCCGCCGGGCAAUCGGCCGUUGACGCUGCGCCCGCGACGAGGAAGUCCACCAUGCUGGGGAUGAUCCCGAUGAGCGACGCCCGCUCCGACCUGCUGGCUGCAAUACGUAGAGGUAUCCAGCUGAGGAAGGUGCAGGAGCAGAGGGAGCAGGAGGCGAAGAGGGAGCCCGUCGGCAACGAUGUGGCGACCAUCCUGUCGCGCCGUAUCGCCGUGGAGUACAGCGAGUCCGACGACGACUCCGAGCUCGACGAGAACGAGUGGUCUGACUAAAAAAAAAAAGAAAAAGAAAAAGGGGAAGACGGGAGCUCGGUGGGAGGCGAUGACAGGGGAGAAACACUGAGGUGGAAAUGAAGGAGUUUAAUUAGUGUUCAGUCAUACAUACAUUCACACGUGCUUACAUCCCCUGUUGCUCCGAAACAUUUAGCACUUCUGCAGCCACAGGUUGGCAAUUUCAGCUUGCUUGGUUGCCCCUGACGACGCCUAUUCUUGAAAACCACCACCCGGCGUGUACGGCACAAUAAACACAUUCACACCAUUCCAACUCCUCCACCUCCUUUUUACAUAUCUGAGUGAUCAUCACGGCGAUGUUACACCGACUGCUGUCAAACUGUACGUAGGUGAAGCCCGGGGGUGUGAUGUGUUUACAGGACACAUGGUAUAGCACAAGAAAAAUUAUAAUUAUAGUGCAAUCUUAAGUUAUCUGCCAAAUGUUGAGAGAAUUUAUGAACAAAGUCAGGGAAAAUCAGGGAACAAAUAACUCCUUAGAGGAUUUUUACUCCGCCUGUUUGUGAAACAUGCGCGCCCCCCUCACAGGACUUCUCUUUCUUUGUGAGAGUUUGGCUUCUUGAUCACUGAAUUAUCUCCGUGUAAUGAACAUUUGAAUACACAGCAUGGUUUGUACUUUAUAAAAUAUGGACGUCGCCCACGGGUUUCAGUCAGCGUGGUCGCUGCUUCUUUCGCUUUCCUGGUUAAUCUAAAAAAUUGGCAACGGAAGACCUGAGGCUGGAUGGUCUGAACCAGCUGGGUUUUGUAAUAAGACGCAUAAAAUCAGGGAUAAAAGUCUUAAAAUUAAAGAUCUUGUGAGCAGAACGCUCCCCAAAGUUUUAGCUCAUACAGGAACUUGGCAAAGUAUUGAUCUUUUAGAUUUUUGCUGUUGAUUUGUGACUGACGAAGACAGAUUAAAAACCAAAAGAUAGUUCGGUUUGUUGAAAAUUUGUCAUAUUUUGGCGAUUGCUUAAACCACAGUUGAGAAAUCAUCAGUUUGGUGAUAAUUUAAAGUACAGGUCUGUUUUCUUGACUUUAACUGAUGUAAACUGCAUUAGAAAACAUUAAUAAUUUAAAUUUUAAAGUCUCAUUCGAGUAUAAAUCAAUCAAAAUGUCAUUUUGUGGGGUUUUUUUUGGUAGUGGGGCAAUAGCUGUCUUAAAUGUCUUAUUUUACAUUUCUGUUUUUGUUUUAAUUGUUUAAACAGUAAUCUCAUUGAGAUUAAGAGAGACUACACAAAAAGAAAUAGCGUUCGAUUUAAUUUAAUAAUGACAAGGCACACACACGAGAAGUUUCUACAGCGAGAUACGUGACACCUUUCCUGUUGUAGUUUGUAUCUGAAGUGAUUCGAAGGCCAAACUCUCAUGAAGUCAGUGCAGUUCUUGAAGCAUUUCAACAUUGUUCUUCUCCCACUGAAACUGUGACGAAAGACGCCAAGCGCCACCUUGUUGAAGUUAAUCAUUCAGCCUCCAUAUCACAGCGUCGAACGAUAAAUCGAGCGAGCUUACGCCAUUAUUAUUAUUUUGUUUUGUUUUUUUAUUAGUUUUUUUUGGGGGGUGUCAUUCAUAACACAUUUCAGCCAGUGACUGUGUGCUGUGGUGUUUGGUCUUUAUAUAAACGCUUCCACACUUUAACCGGAGCCGCACUCACAAAGCUCGUCAUCCUGAGCCAGGGUCAAAGGUCACGUCCACUCCCUCAUAUACAACCUUUAAUCGCUCUCGGCGACCCUGGAUCAGCACUGCUGUCUGUGGAGGCUUUGUGAACGCAGCCCCUGGACUAUAAAUACAUAAGUGUAAGAGACUUGCAACAGUAAUAUACAGUAUAUUAUCUAUCUCUUUUCAGUAUAGGUUUGGCUAAUCCUCAGUAUGAGCUGAUUGGACUGUAGUGUUUUUAUAAUGUGGUUUUUUCCUUUUAAAAUGUGCUGCAGUGAGUUGUUUACUUUGGUUUUAUUUUAGGGUUUUCUACUCAAGGCCAGGACUGAGGUAUCCGAUGAUAAAACAGUUUGUCAGACAAGCCAGUUAAAAGGAUGUAAUGGACCAAUUUUUGUUGUUUUUACCAGAUAAACCAGUUCCAAAUCGAAAUCUCGAGCCAAAGCAUGACCUAAACAUCGCAUAAAAAAAAAGCAUUUAAUGCUCAAUAUAUGCGUUUCUUCAUACUACAUGUGUUCAUUUUAAUCUUCUGUCCAAAGCAACGUUGAUUUUUUAAAAAGAUUUUGAAGGUCUUUUGUUGGUUUUCUGGAAGGUGUCGUUCACAUUUAGAUUUAGAUUUUACCUCCACGUGAUGAUGAUCUGGGCAAUACAUGCACUUGGAAACGGUCCCACUAAAAAGAUCAGUCGUGCUGUUUUAUAAUAAAUUACCUGCAACUCACUUUUAAAGUGAAUAUUAGCACUUAACUACUUAUUUAAAUAAACUGCCGUUCAGUGUGUAGUUGCAACCUGCUUCACAUUGAAGGGCUGGUGUCUGUAAAAACAUCAAAAUUUCAACCAAGUUUGGCACAAUUUUAACGUAAUGUUCUUUUGAGCCUCACCAAAUCAAAAAAGUCUUUACUGGCUAAUUAACCUAAUGAAUAUACACCAACUGGCCACUUCAUUGGGUACACUCGUACGGAAAAUUCUUCUUUUUACGAAGCUAAUUUAACUUGAGGUUGUAGUUUGCAGUAGUGUUAAACUGGACUAGAAACACCAACUGAAAAAUAAGCUUUGUGAACAUUGAAUUUAUGGCAGAGUUGGAUCGCAUUGGAUCGUACCUAAUGAAGUGUUUGGUCGGUGUAUACCGAGACUGUUUUGACUGCAUAGUUGUUGCACAGGUUUGAGGCUUUUAUUGGUUUAUUACAGAAAAGACCAAAAUGUUAGAGCUCAAUCGUAGAUCAUAAAAAUCUUGUUGUAUGUACUUGAUAGUUGAGAACACGGAUCACUCGAUACCUGCACUCUGUUGGAGAAUAUCAAUAACAACUGGACUGGACGAUGGAUGGAUGGAUGGAUUGUUGACGGGUUCUUGGUUGUUCUCCCUGAUUGUUUCGUGAAGCACAUUGAACAGCUGGCAUACAAACUUGCCUUUGACAUGGGCCAAAUCUAACUACAGAAAAAGUAUACUCAGUCCUGAAAUGUGGCCGGCAAUAUUUAGAUCCAAAGAACUUCAUGACAGUUCGAGCAUCCUUAAAAAAAUAAAGCCGUGACUGUAAAAACCUAAAAUCUAUGUCUUGUUGGAUGUGCUGGUUUAAAAAAAUAUAUAUAUACCCACAAAUCUGGGAGACAAACAACAUUAAAGUCUGAUAUUUUGAGUGAUUCGAGAGAUUUCAAAUCAAACGUACCUUGUGUAUCUACUGGCUUGUAAGAAUACUUCAUUAUGUGUUUGAAAAUGUGAGAAAUGAAUCAUGUUGUAUAGACUUUUGGUAAGACGGCCUGUAAAGUAAAAAAAGAAAAAAAAGAAAAAUACAUUUGGGGUAAUAUAACAUAGACAAUGAAACAAAAUAAAACUGUGUAUUGCACACUAAAACCAACUGUAAGCAAGUAUGCAUGUAACUAUAGACAAUAAAUGGUGAACAAAA